AUGGGGAGAAUCACAUGGAACUGCGGUGCCGUGAUCCUGCUGGCCAUCGUUUGCUCAUGUCGUGCAGUCACUCUGGAGUCCAUCCAUUGGAGUAGCUCCAACACAAAAUUUAGUCCAAAUCAGGGUCUGGUCCUGUUUCCUCAGAUUGGGGACAAGAUGGACAUUGUGUGUCCGCGGGCAGAUGCUUCCUCGGGGGGGACGGAGGAGUUCUCCCGAGUCUACCUGGUCUCCCGAAGUCAGAUGGAGACAUGCACCAUCGAUAAGACGGACACACCCUUGCUGAACUGUGACAAACCUCACCGGGACGUAAAGUUCACGUUCAAGUUCCAGGAGUUCAGCCCCAACCUGUGGGGCUUGGAGUUCCUCAAGGGGAGGGACUAUUAUAUCACCUCCACCUCCACAGGCUCUCUGCAAGGACUGGAUAAUACUAAUGGAGGGCUGUGUAGAACCAAAUCCAUGAAGCUGGUGCUGAGAGUCGGCCAAAACUCUUCAAAUCCAGCUUCAACACUCCAGGAGUCCCCGACCAGAUUCCCUCCCACACGACCGAAGUCCAAGACCAAGGACCCCUCCGGGAAAGAAGAGGAUGUCAAAAGCAAAACUGAAACAGGACAAACAAACCCCAGUGGCAGCGGUGGCCCUGAGCCAGGACUGUUCAUGUGGGUUGUCUCUGGCUGUGUGAUCCUCCUUCUGGUCAUCAUAAUUCUACUGGCCGUGCUGUGGAGGUACCAUCGCAGCCGCUGUGUCCCAGAUAGCCAGCAGUCUGCCUCUGUGUCCCUCAACACUUUGGCUGUGCCGAAGCGGGACAGCAUCAGCAGCGACAACAACGGCUCCGACCGCAGCGACGUUGUCUUUCCUCUGCGGGCUUCUGACAGCAUGAUCUGUCGUCAUUAUGAGCGUGUGAGCAGUGACUACGGGCCCCCUGUUUACAUAGUUCAAGAGAUAAUGCCCCAGAGUCCCACCAAUAUCUACUACAAAGUCUAAUAUUCACUGCUCUCAUGCCAGUCUGUUGCAGGAAAUCCUAAAUUUGAACUGUCGGGGACACCCAGGCCGCAGCCAGUGACACAACACUUCCAUUGCUUUUGCUUUAAAGUUUGUGGGUGGUGUGAAGAAAAGACAAACGUCAGUCUUAUCCUCUUGUCACACUGCACCGAGUGCACAAAAAUCCUGUUUGACUGUUAUGUUUUCUUGUUAUAUUGAAGAGACAAUCAGAGAGGAAAUUGAUGUGUCAUAACACAUCAUUCA